AUGCAGCUCACGAGGUUUAAGUGUGGCGGAACGUCAGUGGGCCUAAGUUGGGCCCAUGUUCUUGGAGAUGCGUUCUCAGUUGCAGAAUUCAUGGACACGUGGAGUAAAGUGGCCGCGGGUCAUCAGCUAGCCCAGCCCAUCAACUUAGCCCAACCAGUCAUCAAGAGUCCAGAUUCUCAAAGCCCGCCCAAAAUUGAUCAGGAAUUGAUUUCUGUGAAACGAGUGGGCCCAAUUGGAGAUCACUGGAUCACUACUAAUGCCUGCAAAAUGGAAACAUUUUCAUUCCACGUUAGUCCCUCACAAUUGAACGACUUACAUUCUAAUAUAAGCGGCAAGAAGGGCAGUAGUGGAAUUUCACCAUUUGACUCUCUUUGUGCUAUCAUUUGGCAAAGUGUUGCCAAGGUUAGAGAUGGGACUGAGCCCAAAGUAGUGACAAUUUACCGGAAGGAUCCAAAUAUGCAGAAAUAUGGAAUUGUGAGCAACAGUCAAGUUAUAAGCUCGGUUAUGGCGGGUUAUUCCAUAAGGGAUGCAGACCCUAUGGAACUAGCUGCAUUGAUAAAAAAUCAAGCUGUCGACGAGCGGAAAAAGAUUCAAGAAGCAAUGGAGAGAGAUCGUGGAUUGUCCGAUUUUAUCAUGUACGGGGCAAACUUGACUUUCGUGAAUUUAGAGGAGGNGAAUGUCUUUCGCGGUGGAAUGGCUUAUCAUGUAUUUAUCUCUCUCACGAGGUUUAAGUGUGGCGGAACGUCAGUGGGCCUAAGUUGGGCCCAUGUUCUUGGAGAUGCGUUCUCAGUUGCAGAAUUCAUGGACACGUGGAGUAAAGUGGCCGCGGGUCAUCAGCUAGCCCAGCCCAUCAACUUAGCCCAACCAGUCAUCAAGAGUCCAGAUUCUCAAAGCCCGCCCAAAAUUGAUCAGGAAUUGAUUUCUGUGAAACGAGUGGGCCCAAUUGGAGAUCACUGGAUCACUACUAAUGCCUGCAAAAUGGAAACAUUUUCAUUCCACGUUAGUCCCUCACAAUUGAACGACUUACAUUCUAAUAUAAGCGGCAAGAAGGGCAGUAGUGGAAUUUCACCAUUUGACUCUCUUUGUGCUAUCAUUUGGCAAAGUGUUGCCAAGGUUAGAGAUGGGACUGAGCCCAAAGUAGUGACAAUUUACCGGAAGGAUCCAAAUAUGCAGAAAUAUGGAAUUGUGAGCAACAGUCAAGUUAUAAGCUCGGUUAUGGCGGGUUAUUCCAUAAGGGAUGCAGACCCUAUGGAACUAGCUGCAUUGAUAAAAAAUCAAGCUGUCGACGAGCGGAAAAAGAUUCAAGAAGCAAUGGAGAGAGAUCGUGGAUUGUCCGAUUUUAUCAUGUACGGGGCAAACUUGACUUUCGUGAAUUUAGAGGAGGCAGAUUUUUAUGGAUUCGAAAUGAAGGGAGAAAAACCUAUCUUUGUGAGCUAUACCAUUGAUGGUGUAGGCGACGAGGGGUUGGUUUUGGUGCAACCGGGACCGAUAAAUGCAGGCAAGGAUGGUAGUGCAGGACGGAUUGUGACCAUAACAGUGCCAGAGAAUGAGGUUUUGGAGCUGAAAUCUGAGCUUGAAACAGAAUGGUCUAUUGCUUGA